AUGGAUUCGGGGAUACAUCUGCGCCCCGCGCGAGCCCAGGAUCUGCCUCAUAUUGCCGACCUCCUCGCACAGGCCAUGCUGGACGAUGAACUCUAUACCUGGAUGUAUCCCGGGCGCCACGAGUACUAUGCAGAUUUUCGAUAUUCCUUUCUCUGGCGACUGAAGACAGGUUUCGUCACUCCGGGCUAUAUUACGGUUGUGGCGGUGGAAUAUUCUGAAGACCGUGAGGAGAUCCGUGGGACGGCUGCGGCUGAUGGCGGCUUUCCAUUCUCUACUUACCCCGAAAUAUGGUUCUUGGGGCAAUUGGCUGUCGACCCGGCUCAUCAGCGUCGCGGCAUUGGCCAAAAAUUGGUCGAUUGGGGACUGCAGCAGGCACGGCAAGAGCAUGUUCCUGUCGGGUUGGAGGCCGGUGUUAAAGGCGCGGGGUUGUAUCAGAAGCUUGGCUUUCACAUAGUCAAUAUGACCCAGUUAACUUCUGGCGUGACUAUUCGGGCAAUGUUGUACACCCAAUAA